AUGGCGGAGGUAGUCUCGGGCCUCGUAGUGGGCCAACGGUUCGAUUCACUCGAAGACUUCAAAUCGGCCAUACGCAACAUCUCCGUCCGACAACAUUGGGAUCUUCGAGUCAUGCGAAGUAACAAGAAGAGUGUCGUGCUCGGAUGUCGGUCGUCGGCCAAUUGCUACUUUCGUGUCGUGUGUCGCGCAAAUAAGAAUGCAACCUGUCGACGGAAUCUGGCUUCACCUGCUUCGACCCCUGCUCGGUCAGAGGCGUCACAUGUGCGGUUUUUGCUGAAUGAGAUACCGAAGCUGUUUGAUAUGAAGACCAGGAUUAAGGGUCAGGAUGUGGUGGAAGCAGUUAAACGGUAUCAUGGUUAUGAUAUUUCAAUGCGACAGGCACAGCGCGCUUUGACUAAGCUACAACCGAGACAGUCGAGAGGAGGUCACGCUCAGGUCGUAGCUGAUCAUGAGAAUCAUAACAUCCCUCAUGACCAGUCAUCAUCAUCAGUCCGAGUCAAUAACGAAACAUCGUUUGACCCUUUGACUGACGACCGCGGCUGGCCCGAGAAUGGUCUUUCGACGACAUUAAUGGAAGACGAUAGCAUUGAUCAAGACGAUUCGCCUACAGAGACGGCCUCUGCAGCUGCAAUGGUUCGCGUGCAGCAGAGCAAUCCAUCUCUGGCCACAAUGUCGCAUCAUCACGCUCAACCAGGGCCUUCCGAGACUCGAUCUCUCUCAGUCUCGACAAUGUCCCAUCAUGCUUCACAGAUUGCACCUCUCGCACCAAGCGGACAAGGAUCGUAUAUCCAACCUAUUCAACUACCUGUUCCUCCACCUAGUCCUCCUAAAACGCAGAGUUCGCCCUCCAUUCGUCACCCUCAUCAAUCAUCUCAUCCCCACCCACAAUCUCGACCACAACCUCCUCCACCCCCUCCGCAACAUCAACAACCAACCCACACAGGCCACCCGGUUGCCGCUCAACUAGUACUCACAAACUUCAAAAUAGAAUUCACGUGCACCUCAUGCGGCGCCUUGAAUCAAAGUUUCUUCCCAAAUCAAGGCAAUGUCACAGGUGGUAAUUACUUACCUCCAGCAGCGACACACGGCAUACCCCCUUCUGCUCCUCCAGGUCCUCCUCCGCCUUCAGCUGCUACCAACGGCCGUUUGACGACCAUGGACGGAGUACCAACCGACGCCACAACCAAUGCCGCUGCCGCCGCGGGAUUUGGCGAGACUGAUUAUCAAACAAGUGCAACUUCACACGGUGGUCGUGAACUACCUCCAUGGGGAGGUGGGCUGGAUGUAUCCCUUCCUCCGCCGAAUACAUAA